UUUCGGGUUAGAUUUAGGGGCAGAGGUUAGGCGUUACGGGUAGGUGUAGGGUUUCUGUAGGACUGUAAAUAAACACGAAAGUCACAGUUUCUGAACAGUCAACGCGGCUCUCGCGAGACUUUAGGUAACUGAGGAGUUACCUUCUAUACGCGACCGUUUUUGACACGCGGGUUUCCGCAACAGAGGAGCACGCGCGCACAAAUACACACACGCUCCCGACACAAACACACUCACGCGCGCGAAUGCGCGCGCAGUUUUCCGCUCACACUGUUUUCUAACGGCUGUCGAACUGCGCGGAGCAGCGAUGUGGAUCCAGAUCCGGACGAUCGACGGUAAAGAGACGCGGACGGUGGAGGAUCUGUCGCGCCUCACGAAGAUCGAGUCGCUGCGCGUGAAAAUCACAGAGAUCUUCAAUGUGAAGCCCGAGCAGCAGCGGCUCUUCUACAGAGGAAAACAGAUGGAGGAUGGGCAGACGCUCUUCGAUUACAACGUCGGCCUUAACGACAUCAUCCAACUUCUCAUUCGCUCACAGACCGACCCGCCGGACAGCCCCGCCCUCAACAACGGUGAGGGUGUGACCUGUAUUGUGGCCCCGCCCACCACAGCCUCUGUCCCAACCUCAGCCACACCCACCACAACAAUAGUUUCCCCAGCAAUCAUCUGCGAUAGGAACGGAAAUGGGUCCAAAUCCUGCAGUCCAGUAUUGGACAGUAAACCCUCCACAUCCGGCCGUACAUUCCUCAUCGAUCCCGGGAUCGGACUGUACAAAAUUAAUGAGUUGGUGGACUGUAGAGACGUCAGUGUCGGGGCGUGGUUUGAAGGCAUCAUGGAAAAAGUCACUCCCGCCACUAAAGGACAGAAUGGCAAAGCAGAUGCAGCACCCCCUGCUGGCAGGGUGGGUCGCCCCAGCAAACGGACUAUUGCAAAGCUGGAUUGUGAGGAGAAAUCCACCACUACGGACAGUAACGGCACAUCUGAGAAAACAUUAGACAACAGCGAACCAUCGACCUCAAAAACAGAUUCAACACACAGCCGCGAGGACGUCACGUACCACAUUAAAUACGAAGAUUACCCUGAGAGCGGCGUGGUGAAAAUGAGCCCAUGUGACGUGCGUCCGCGAAGCAGAACUCUACUGCGGUUUGAUCAGCUGGCGGUGGGUGACGUUGUGAUGGUCAAUUAUAAUUUGGGGCUUCCAGAGGAACGAGGAUUCUGGUACGAUGCUGAAAUCACAUCACUGAACGCCAUCUCACGCACCAACAGAGAGAUCCACGUCAAGAUCCUGCUGGGAGGCCCGGGUGAUGUGAUUGGUAAUCAUAAGCUGACGUUUCUUGAUGAGAUUUACAGGAUAGAGAAACCUGGAGCGCCGGCGCUGUCUGCAGCUGAUGGACCCUUCAAACGUAAGAGCGGUCCCGAGUGUAAACACUGUAAAGCGGAUCCAGAUGUGGAGUGUCGCUUCUGUUCCUGUUGUGUUUGCGGCGGGAAACAGGACGCUCACAUGCAGUUACUGUGUGACGAGUGUAACAUGGCGUUUCACAUUUACUGCCUCAAUCCACCGCUGUCAGAAAUACCAGACGACGAGGACUGGUACUGUCCCACCUGUAAGAACGACAGCAGUGAGGUCAUUAAAGCCGGAGAGAAACUCAAAACCAGCAAGAAGAAAGCAAAGAUGCCGUCAGCCACUACAGAGAGCCAGAGAGACUGGGGGAAGGGUAUGGCGUGUGUGGGCCGAACUAAAGAAUGCACGAUCGUUCCCUCCAAUCACUACGGGCCGGUUCCCGGCGUUCCGGUCGGAACAACAUGGAAGUUUCGUGUUCAGGUGAGCGAGGCGGGCGUCCACAGGCCUCAUGUCGGCGGGAUUCACGGGCGCAGUAACGACGGCUCGUACUCGCUGGUGCUCGCCGGAGGAUUUGAAGACGAAGUCGAUCGGGGUGAUGAGUUCACCUACACGGGCAGCGGAGGUCGUGACCUUUCAGGAAACAAGCGAAUCGGAGAGCACUCGUUUGAUCAAACUCUAACGCACAUGAACAGGGCUCUUGCGCUGAACUGUGACGCCCCCCUGAAUGAUAAAAACGGGGCGGAGUCGCGCAACUGGCGGGCGGGAAAACCAGUGCGAGUGAUUCGCAGCUCGAAGGGCCGACGAAUAAGCAAAUACGCACCGGAGGAGGGAAACCGCUACGAUGGGAUUUAUAAGGUGGUGAAGUACUGGCCAGAGAUCGGGAAGUGUGGUUUCCUGGUGUGGCGUUACCUGCUGCGGCGAGAUGAGCUGGAACCGGCACCGUGGACGCCUGAGGGAAUCGAACGGAGCAAAAAACUGGGCCUCAAAGUCCAGUAUCCUCCUGGUUAUCUGGAGGCGAUGGCCAAUAAGACGCGUCGAGAGGCGAGUGUCAAAGCGGUGGUCAGGUCCUCGCGGGGCAGAAAGAGAGGUCGACCGCGUUCACGGGUGUCCAAAAAAGUUGAAGAGGAGGAGAAACCAGUGAUGGACAUGGAUGAAGAUCUGCAGAGUAACGGCAGUGAAAACAAUCCUGAAGACGACAGCACAGGUGUGUGUGAGGAGCAGGAUGAGCCGGAGGUGAAGCGUUCGAAGGACGUGGAAUCGUUUGUUUUGUCUGAACAGCAGAAGAAUCUGAUACAGGAGGACGAACCAAACAAGAGAGCAUGGGACGAAGCUCUGAGCUUCCUGACAGAGGGACCGGACUUCCUGCGUAAGGUGGAGCAGCUCUUCAUGUGUGUGUGCUGUCAGGAGUUAGCCUACCAGCCAAUCACAACCAAGUGCUCGCACAACGUCUGCAAGACGUGUCUGCAGAGGUCGUUUCGAGCUGAGGUGUUCACCUGUCCCGCCUGCCGUCAUGACCUGGGCAAAGAUUACAACAUGACCCUCAACAAAACCCUGCAGCUGAUCCUCGAUCAGUUUUUCCCUGGAUACAGUAAAGGACGAUGAGUCUCUCACACACACACACACACACACGCACGCACACGGGCUCUCACAACAACACCAGCCGGACAUUUGCAUUGAAAGACACGUGACAAACGCACACCGUCAUGACCACAAACUCAACGGACGCUGUCUGGCCCUGCUGAAGAACGAAACAUGGCCGACAUCAUUUCUGUUCAUCAGGACUGAAUCAGUUCCUCAAGGUGAAUCUCACAAAUGUCCAGGUCAAAGGUCACUCCAAAAUCAAGACCGAAAUAAGAAAUUAUUGUUUGCAUGAAGAAAAUUGUUAUUUUCAUGACAGAUAAAAACAUUUUCUCCGCAGAUUGUCAUUAUUAUUAUUUCUGCAGAUGUUUUGUUCUCAUUAUUCUCAGUGUUUUAAAUUACUUUUAUUUAAAUCAGCAUCAAAUACUUUAAAGUUUAAUACCUUUAAUUUGUAUAAUGUGAAUUUGUAAUUUUAAUGUUUUAAUAUGUAUAAAUACAAUUUAAAAAUAUAUGAUAAUUAUUGUUUUUGUUGUUGUUGUUUUACGUUCAUGAGAAUUUAGUGGAAAAUGGUUUUAAUUGUCAUUAAAUAAUUAGUUAAAAAAUCACAAAUGUAUGUCCCUAUAAAUCUUAAUCAUUCUCAUACAUUUAUAUAUAUUUAUAUAUUUGUUUUUGUGCAAAUAUAAUGAUCUCACAUGGUUUGGUGAUUUUUAGGGUGAAUAUGACCGUAUCUGAUGGUUUUGUGAGAUUUACCCCAGAGAACUGAUGUCUGUUUGAGGAUUGGGGUUUUCAUUGAAUAAUGAUCUGACAGGAAUAUUCAGCGUUCAGUUCAAGUGAUGUUCAAUCGACACUCGUGGCAUGAUGUGAGUCACUUCCAAUGGAAGUCAAUGGGGUCUGUAAACAUUAAAAUACUGUUUCAAUAGACAAACAUGAACAUUAUGUGUAUUUACUGUCAUUAAAUCACUUAUUAACCACAUCUGUGGAACAAAGUUGUAAAAUUGAUACAACGUUACACUGAUGCUUUAUUAUAUAUUUUAUAUUUUAAAGAAAAGGAGGAACGAGUCGAAAAUAAUUGUGGUGAUCAACAUUAUGACACACAUGCUGUUGAUCGAAUGCUGAAUAUUCCUUUAAUUAGUAUUUAAUUUGCCGGUCUAAUCAACCCCAAACUUCAGGACAAUAUCCUGCAUAUGGGAAUCUGGAGACCUAAACUGCAGUCGGUCUCCGGGCUGGGCGAUACGUUCACAUUAUUUUAAAUAUGCCGAUAAUUAUAUGGUCAACCCCCGGCCGAGGGACGGGAAUAUUUCUGCUUUAUUGAUUUUAUUGAAACGUGAUAAACGUUAAAGACAUUUCUAAAUUCAAAUUGCACUUUAAACUAAAUGAAAAAAGCAAUAAAAUAAUGAAGUGAUUGAAAAAUCAUAUUUAUCCACCUUAUUUAAACAUUUACUGUCUCAUUUGCAUAACGCAAGUAUCCGUCAACAACAACAGGUGUAAAAUUACUAACGGUCUACUGAUGAAGAACUAAAGACAAUAAUAAUCAUAAUAAAUAAUAAUAAAUUGCCUUGUGUUCCCACAUGAAUGCUGAUAAAUGUGUGUUCUUAUUUUUUGAUUGAAUCACUUUCGUCUUUGUGUCUUUAAUGUAAAGAUAUAUUUGAGUGAACCUGCAGAGUUGCGUUCACAAUGUGUAAGUGCGAACUGCUCCGUGGAAAUAAAGCAUCUUAACUCACAGCACCUCCUGAGAUGGUCGGAGGGCAUUUGCAGUUUCACACCCUAACCACUGAUUAAUAUAUUUGGAUAUUCCCAGAUCCAUGGUUUUACCAUUUCCUGAUAUUGUCGAUCAUCGUCUGUUCAUCGGGAUCUUUGUAAGACAUUGUUGAUAUCCGAUUACGUCGUCCUAUCGCCCAGCCCUACUGUCUCCCUUCCGCUGAUUAUUCAUUUAAAAUACAGCGAUAAACAGAAAUCUGAUCUGAGAUGCAUCUUGAGGUUUUGAUCCGGGGUCAGACAGAGUUAUAAAUAUCUAAAGAUUUUAAACUCAUUCACUGAAAAAGUGGUUUUCAUAAGCAGUAUUUUUUAUGUCUUAUUUUCCAGUUAAAAUAUGUAAUUAUUCUACUUGAAAAUGUAUUUAAAGUUGCUGUAAGUGAUUUCAUGAGACUGAGCCGUUGAUUAGCCACGCCCCCUCGAUCCAAAACCCCGCCCUCCAGAGAUGCCUAAAUGAGCUUCAUUGGGAGCAGGAAUGGUUAUAAACACAACAGCAGUAAAACAGCGCCCCCCCACUGGCAACUGUUAUGAACUACAUGGCAUAAAAAUGGCAUUAAGCCUCAAUAAUUCCCUGCAGCUACAAUACUGUGUGAACGAGACCGCAGACACGGUUUUAUUUGUUGUUUAGAGUCUAGAGCAUCUCAGAGACCGGUGAGAUAUCUCACCACACUUAUUUCAUGAAUAUCUCAGAGUACGAACAUGUUUACAUCCAUUUCCAUGAAAUCAAUCACAGCAGCUUUAAAUGUAUUUUUCUUGUUUUAAGUAUAAACCUCAUUAAAUGUUGUUAACUUUAUGCUUAAAACAAAAUAAAAGAGAAUAAAACUCUAAACUCAGUUUUGCUUCUCAAGUUGUUUUAAGGAUGUUUUUACUGAGGACAGAAACACUGAUGUGGUAAAUAAUGUUUAGCCGUCUUAAGGGAGAGAGCAUGUUCUCACUUCCUGUCUGUUGCUCGUGUUGUUUGUCUAGUAUAUGUGAUUCCCUGAUUCAUGAUGUACAAUGUUCUAGAUUCUGCCGUUCUCUGAUGUGUGAUGUGUUGUUUCCUGCACACACACACACACACACACACGUGUGAUCUCUCGCCGUACUAAUGCGCUUCAGCUUUACUGUGUUCUUAAAUGUUUAUUGCACUUACUAAAGAUGACGGCGCAUUCGCCGCUGAGAGCCGUUGCUUUAUUUUCCUAUUAUGAUUUACUUCCUGUUCUGCUCUUAUUGUUCGAUCUUUAAAUGUGGCAAACUUUACCUGCAGAAACAUCAAUUGUGAUUCCAAAUUUUAUACAUGCUAUAAUAAUUGUGUACUUAUUAAAUAUUUUGAUUCCAGAAACAGCGUGUGGUUUGUCAAUGACAUCAGCGCCUGAAUACACAAUAGCAAGAUUCGAUGUUUCACACUGAAGAAUAAAAUGUUCUCAUCAUUUCCUCACCCUCAUGCUGUCCCAGAUGUGUGUGACUCUCUACAGCAGAACACAAAUGAAGAUGUUUAGAAGAAUGUUUCAGCUCUGUAGCUCCAUACAAUACAAGUGAAUGGUGACCAGAACUUUGAAACUCCAAAAAGCACAUAAAGGCAGCAUACAAGUAAUCCAUAAAACUCCAGUGGUUUAAUCCAUGUCUUCAGAAGUGAUAUGAGAGCUGUGGGAUAUUUUCACUGUAAAUUCUCUCUGCUCAGGAGGUGGCGAAAUGCACGAGGAAUGAAUCACCAAAAACACAUGAAGAAGAGUGUGAACGUAGUAAAAAAGGGUGAACCGUUGAAUGUGGUAUCUCGAAGUAGUGUGAGAAGCUUUCUGAAUCGUUCUGCCAUUUUAAAGGUGCUCUCAGUAAUUUCUGUCUGACACUGACACCUAGUGGCCUGGACGCUGCAUCACACAAACAGUUUCUGUGAUCGGUGCUAUUGUAGAAACGCUGCACAGUUAACCAGGAUUCAUUUCAUGCAUGAAAGUGUCCAAUCAUGGGGCAGUUACUGAGAUCAAACCAGUAGUUUUAAAUUGGUCAUGUGACCCCAUGUUACUGAUGUGACUCUUCAUCUCACAUGACGAGGACAGAAAUGACUGAGUGCACCUUUAAAUGUGAUUUAUGACGACACUGGUGGCUGAUAUUUGACCUAAUGAACUGUAUUAACUUGUAUUGGAAGGGGAAACUGAUUACCGUGGUCUGUGUUUACCAGGGACAUUUAGAAGAGCAUACUCACUAUUUCUGCAGUACGCACAGAAUACCUGAAAUGAUGUGCCACUGUGUGGAAUACUGUAUCCCAUAAUGCAAUGCGUUCAGCUUGAGCAGUUUCAGUAUUAUGAAUAAACCAGAGAAGGGGAAUUGUGCUUCAUUUUCAUGAAAAUAUCACAAUGCAAAAACAUCAUAAUGAUCCUGUACAUACGCCAUAUACUAUCCCAUCCGGGUCACGGCACCAUCGUAACACUCCGGUUCUACCCGCUCUGUACUGGACUUGAUCUCGAGUCUCCGGCAUGGGAGGCGGGUGUGCUAACAGGGAGGCUAAAGGCUACAGCCCCUAGCAUCAGUCGCUAGUGCACCUCUUGAGGACUAUCAGCGGACACCUGUUACACUUGCACUGAUCAUUCACAACUUUAGGAUAAGAAUUACAUUUUAAACGCUACUAUAGUUGUUAUUGUUGUUGGUAAUGUAACACAUUUUAAAUGAUCAACAUUCAAAGGUUUGGGUAUUAUUUCCAUCUAUAAUCCCCUGCACUGACACCUGCUGGUGAACAAAGUCACUGCAUUUCAGUUUGAUGAAUAUUACCUCUUUAAAUGAUCAUUUAUUCACAUUUAGUGACAUUCAUGUGGCCAUAGAUAAAUGAAUAAAGAACUGGAACAUUUCUCUGCUUAUGAUUCUUCUUCUGCAUUUUGCAUUUCUAUGAAUUA